GACCUCCGCGGCCAUCGAUGUCGUCGCACACGUUGGAGCAGAUCCGAUCCGCGCAUGAAGACAUCGAGAGCUACGAGCGCGCGAUUGUCAGCAUCUUGAGUGAGAAACCUCGCAAUCACCGCGCACGGGUGUUGCACGGCCACAAGGUGAGCGGGCUCUUGGACAGCGUGACGGUGCGCAGCGCGGACGCGCUCAAGUUGUACAAAGACGAGGAAGGAACUUUCAAGGAAGAGAUCGACACGAUGCAUGGUCGUACCAUCUUCACGUCGUUCUACGACCAGCUCAAAGCCAUGCGCGACUUUCACCGAAAAUACACAAACAUCCAAGUCUCCCACGAGCCCGUGCUGGACCACAUCAUGAACCCAGAGAUCCCCUUUUCCGGGGAAGAGCGCUUUGGCAAGUACUUGGAUCUGCAUGCGUUCUACACGCAGUACCUCAACCUGCCCGUCUUUCAAUCGGUCAACAAGAAGGCCGCGGCCGACACGACCAACGUCGUGCGAGGGCGCACCCCCGAGUACAAGCAAGUGCACGCCGACUACAUCACGUAUCUCGGUCGCGUGGGGGACUUGAGCAAGAUCCCGCCGCGCGCCAAGCUCGCGGACGCGCGCUACGACGCGUACUUGAGUUCGUUGGUCGAGUACUUGCUGUCGUUUUACCGCCGGACGCAGCCGCUCGUGGACGUGGACGACGUGAUUCGGGAAACCAACGCCGCGUUCGCCAAGGACUGGAGUCUGCGGCGGGUGCGGGGCUGGCAAGUCGACGAGCACGAGUCCAACGAGACGUUCUGCCGCCCUUGCCACAAGCAAUUUGCAUCGCCGGCAGUAUUCCAAGGGCACCUCAAGGGGAAAAAGCACCUCAAGGCAGUCGACAGCGGCACCAAUAAUGGCGGCGACGACACGCGGCGGGAGCAGCUGGCCCGCCUCGAAGCCCAAGCCAAGACCCUAGUGUCGCUCCUCACCGAAGUCGUACACGCGACGAUUUCGUUCCUCGAGCUCAAGCAGACGCGAACGCCAGAGGAACUCCAGGCCGAGAUAUACGAGGAAGAGGAAGGCGGCUUGUCCGAUGUGGACGUGGACAACGACCACCCGACCGGGGGCGACGACGACGAGCAGCCGUUUUACAAUCCCCUCAACCUCCCCCUCGGGUGGGAUGGCAAGCCGAUUCCGUACUGGCUGUACAAACUGCACGGCCUUGGCAUCGAGUUCAAGUGCGAAAUCUGCGGCAACCACAGCUACUGGGGCCGCCGAGAUUUUGAUAGGCACUUUCAGCAGUGGCGCCACGCGUUUGGCAUGCGGUGCCUCGGCAUUCCCAACACCAAACACUUUCACGACAUUACGCACAUGGCCGACGCGAUCGCGUUGUACGAGAAACUCAAGGGGCAGCUCGAGAUUGAAACGCUCAACAAAGCCAACGAAGAAGAGUUUGAAGACUCGGAAGGCAACGUGUUUAACCGCAAAACGUACGAAGAUUUGGCGCGGCAAGGGUUGUUGUAAAGCUGCGAUACCGUCAUUUCGGUAUCGCAUCUAUCGUUGGAUAACACCACAUGGCAUCU